AUGUACAAGUACACAGUCAUGAUCGCAGCGGUGGUUGUUGUGUUGGCAUCUCUGGCCAGCUCCGUUCCGGCCACUUCCGCCCAGACAGCGGCCAACAAAUUGGACAUGAUGUCGCCCGCGGCCACAUCGGUUCACAACCAACACGUCAGGCCAGAACACCAUUCAAUGUUCUUGUCCGAGGCCCAUAGAGAACAGUCGAACAAUGGCGGCAGCCUACUGGAGUCCGCUCUGUCCGGACUGUUCGAGGCGAUCAGCAUCCCGAAGAAGAUCGUCAGUGCCUUGGUCGGCAAAGUGUUCGGUCACCUCAAGUCCAUCAACCUGAAAGGACUCAUCAAGAUCGUUUUGGUUGGAGGCGCGGUGGUCUUAUUGGGAGCUGUGGCCGCGGCCGGCGCUGCCGGUAUCGCCGCCGUCGUGGCUUUGGUGAGCGCCGCACUCCCGUACUUCCGUUUCUUCUUCGGCGGCCACAAGGGCGAGGCAUCCGACUCCGAGAUGGACAACAUCAGUGAAUUCGUUUUGGGCGCAUUCAACAAGUACGACAGCCAGCACAAGGCGUGA